AUGAGAGAAUCAGCUAAGCCGUACGAAGCUGUUUAUCCGGAAGCAGUGGAGCGGAUCAAGCUUGACUUUUACGUCGACGACUUCCUGUCCGGAACAGACAACGAGGAACAAGCAAUCCGGCUGAAGCAGCAGGUGGUCGAAAUCUUAUCUUCAGCCGGGUUUGAACUAAGGAAGUGGUCGUCUAAUUGUGAGAAUCUUUUAUCCAACCACUCUUCGGACGAAGCACAACCCGUACAUAUGAAGCUUUCGGAUUACAACGAGGCAGCGAAGGCACUGGGCAUCCUGUGGUAUCCGUCUCCAGAUGAAUAUGGAUUCAAGUCGAUGAUCAAGAAAAACGUUUCGGUGGUACUCAUUGCGGCUAAAUCUCGGGUGGCGCCAAUCAAGCAAGUGUCACUACCUCGUCUAGAGUUGAACGGAGCGCUGCUAUUCACGACAUCUGCAAUUUUGGAUUACCUGCCACGAAGCUGCUGGAAUCACGUAUCUAGCAAGGAUAACCCUGCAGACGUUGCAUCGCGUGGACUAUCACCAGAUGAACUUGUCAACAAUCAGCUAUGGUUUCAAGGAGCACCGUGGCUGAAAGAAGAUGAAUCCGGUUGGAAGCGAAGUCCAGCACUACAGGUUGUCGACGAAGAUUCGUUGGAGGUCAAACCGAUCAAAUCGUUGUGUACACUGACGACGAAAAUAAUCAACUAUAAGGUUGAGCAGCAGCUAAUCGUUAAUUUUUCCAGCUUUUCACUUUUGGUUCGUUCCUUGGCAUGCGUGUACCGUGUGAUCUACAACUUAAAACCCGUCGUACUCAAGCAAGGCACCAGCGAGCGACACAUUGGAGAGCUGACUUUGGACGAGCUAUAUCAAGCUAAGAUACAUCUGUUGCAAGCUGUGCAGCACGAGGUAUACGGCCAAGAGUUAGAAUUGCUGCGUAAGGAGGGAACCUUGCGUGUGGGCGGCCGUCUACAUAAUUCGGCCCAGCCAUACGAAGUAAAACAUCCAAUAAUCCUUCCACAAAAUCAUCGAGUUACGGAGCUACUAGUGCGCGAUCUGCAUUUGCGCAACCUUCACGCAGGACCGUCUCUUCUGACCGCAAUUGUCCGUCAACAGUAUUGGAUAGUUGGUUGCCAGACGGUAGUUCGGAAAGUAGUACAGGGAUGUAUGCGAUGUGUGCGACUCAAAGGCAAGACUGCUGGUCAACUCAUGGGAACCCUUCCACCGGCAAGAACUUUCCUAUAA